AUGUCUAAGUCUUUCAAACCCGGUGCCGGGAAACUGCCAAAGAGUGUCAAGGUUCGCUCCACGUGUAAUGCCUGCCAGCAGGCCAAAAUUCGCUGCAGUCACGAGAAACCGUCCUGCCGCCGCUGUCAAAAGCACAAGAUCGAUUGCAUCUACAGCGUAUCACGACGACUAGGGCGACCAGCGAAGAAAAGAGAGCCGCGACUAGGACCGGAAGCCCAGGGCGGUAGUCCAAACCCGGAGAUGACCGACCACCAAGAGCGCACAAUACAAGUGAGAAAGUCAGCAAAGAAAAAGCGCCAUGGGCAGGCAACAGCAUCUGCAAUGCGACCUCGGAUGAGAAGCAUUCCGAUCAAAACAGCGGAGGAUACGUUCCAAUCAUCGACUGUAUCUGAGAAGAACGGUGAGGAAAUUUCCGGGCUGCAAAUCGACUUUUCAUCUGAAUCAUUCCAGGAACUGAUGUCGACGCGUAUGAGUUGGGGCACGGGAAAUUUCACCGUUGAGAAUCCUUACGAAUUGGAGCUGGAGGAUACAUUUGAUAGUUUCGCAAAAUGCUUCAGGCAGGCAGGGCCGUCCGCAUAUCAAGCGACGGAUCUAUUUUUACCGUCACCUCCGAUGGGUUCUGAUCAGAUUCUGAUACAUACCAGCCUCGAAGGCGAACUUAACCCGUGCCAGCAUUCCGUAUCAAAUGAGCAAUUAGGGUCGCCAUUUGUGACGGAGCCCAGCGUCGCCUCUUGGUCAUACGGCUCAAAUACUAAUGUCCAUAUAUUACCGGACUCCUGGUCCGCCAACAGGGUGCCGCCUACGAGUUUUCUAAUUGACCCAGCCAAUAACUUCCCUGCGUUUGAAUCGCCUGGGGCAAGCCAUGAAAGUGAGGAAUUCUCACCAGAGGCUCUCAACCUUUUGAGCACAUUAGGUGGAACGCUGUACCUUGAUUGCAAUUGCUACAAGCAAGCAAUAGGCGAGCUCCUCAGAUCAGGCAUCAAGAGUCACCCAAGCGGUAUCCCAAGUAUUGACAAUACCUUGGUCCGCCAGAAAGAGCUGCUGUUGCAGGCAGAGGCCAUUCUUCAGUGUAAAGUGUGUUCACAGUCCGAGGCUCAGGCCAAUAUGUUUAUGGUGAUCAUUGUCACAAUCGACAGCAUCCUCACAUCACUUGAAGGAGCUGCUACUGCGACCAAGGCCGGAACGCAAGCAAAGUUGUCUCCUGUAGAGGUUCAGGACGAGCGGACAAAGAAAAAUCACGUCACCGGGUGCUUUAAAUCUCACAUAGAGGCUUGUCCACUGCUUGUGGGGGGAUUUCGAGUUCCGAUGGAAGAGAAAAUGUGUUUCGUUCGACAAAUGUUGCAAGCCCGCCUCUCAAUGCUUUUGAUGAUGAUACGACGGAUUAGUGCUUGUAUGCAACAGCACUUAGCAUCAGCACUCUCGCGAGGCAGACUGUUGAUGAUAAUGGAGACUGACCGGCGGCUGCAGCUCAUUAUGAUGAAGGUCAAGAUGGCCGUGAGCUGA